AUGGAAUACAUCUGGUACUGGUUGGAUGGAUCUGGGCAGUGGAUUGAAUAUGGGAAACAGUUGGUGGAGCUGAGUGACACUACCGGUGAAUACAAGGAAGUCAAGGACCUAUUUGAGAAGACAAUGAAAAAUUGUAGAAUCUGCAGAUUGCAGAGGAUUCAGAACCCAUCACUUUGGCAAGUUUUCCAGUGGCAAAAGGAGCAGAUGAGGAAGACAAACAGAGGAAGAGAUGUGGAUGAGAGGCUCUUAUUCCAUGGAACAAGUACAUCCCAUCUGCAUGCCAUCUGUGGACAAAACUUUGACUGGAGAAUCUGUGGGACCCAUGGAACAUUAUAUGGAAAAGGAAGCUACUUUGCCAGAGACGCUCGUUAUUCCCAUCAGUAUUGUCAGACUGGCUCCAGUUCCAAGACCAUGAUCGUAGCUCGAGUGCUAGUUGGAGACUUUGUUCAAGGAAGCAACAACUAUCUUCGCCCUCCACCCAGACCUAACAAUCCGAACAGCUUUUACGACAGCUGUGUGGACAGCCUAGUGAAUCCCUCCAUUUUUGUCAUCUUUGAGAAGCACCAGAUUUACCCAGCAUAUAUAAUAGAAUAUGCAGAAGGGUACAGCUGUGUGAUCUUGUAA